CCCUCACUGUUUUUAUGGUUAAUCUGAGACACAGUCAGUCCCACCUUUCAGCAGCUACAGUUGUGCGUAGAUAAAGUCGACAAAGAGUUUUUGCCUUAGUGUCUUGGCAUAAACGUCAUGAUCUUGACUUUUAGCCGGCUUCAGACUGAGAGACACCUUGAUGACGCAUCUGUUGUCCAACACAGAUUCACAUAAACCCGCGGUUACCUGUGUACCUCUGUCUCUGUCUCUGUCUCCGUCACCGUCACCCUGUCUCCCUGUCUGUGUUUUGAGUCUGUUUUGUGUGCGAAAGAUGCUUGUGAAAACGCUUGGCGCGCAAAAAUGCAGCUGCUGCUCUGUAUAUGUUCUGAUGCUACUGCUGCUUCUGGUACCAUCCCGAGCGAUGGCCCAUAUAAGCAGCGGAUCUUCAGGCCCAGCUCCAGCCGAUCCCGGUCUGGUAAUGGUCAACAAAUGCUGCGAAAAGUUUGAGAUACACGUGGAUAGCGAGUGCCAGCAGGUCAACCAAACGGACUACUUCCAGCCCAUGUUCACCAGCUAUGGUGGUGACCAGAACCGGCCCGUGCGCUUCAAGUUCAUCAUUGGCAUUCCCAACUGCGGUUCCAUGCAGAUGUGGCCCAUCUAUCACUAUGCAGGGAGCUCUGAUAAGCUGGUGCUUCUGGACGAUGGCAAGCUGAGGCACUACACAAACGCCGAAGACGAGGCCGCCGAGCAGCGUGGCGUGCAAACAGACUACGAGGAUGACAUAGGUGGGAGAAGGGAGCCGCUCUAUCAUGACUACGAUCAGGGACUCUACUGCAUAGAUAGGGCCACUUCUAGCACGGGCGAGGAGCAUGUUCUGUUUGCCAAAAUCUGUCUGGCUAAGAAGGAGAUCAAGUGGAGCGACUCGAAUUUUCUGCUGCGCAAGAUUCUCAAUCCCAUCUUCCAUGGAAUAUCGCUGAUUAUCCUGCUGGUCAUAGCCAUUAUCUACUUUAUCCUGCCUACCCUCAGCAGAGAUUUAGUGGGUAACAUUGUGACCACAAUAGCCGUGUGUCUGAUGGUCAGCCAGGCGGCGGACCUGGUGCGAAUUUUUACAGAGCUCACGAAUCACGUAAGCUUCAUUGUAGCGGACAUCAUCCUGUGCUUCAGCCUACUGGCCGCAUUCUUUUGGCUGAACAGCUUUGGCUACUACAUCUGGAAGACCUUUCGCUCGAGGAACGUUUUCCUGCGCGUCACCGAUGGCAGGAAGUACUGCUAUUACUCCGCCUACGCCUGGGGCUGCACAGGCACAAUGGCAGCCCUGGCGGUAUUUGCGCAUUUCUUCCUCGAUGCCGAUUCGUACAAGCAGGAGCAGAUGGUGGGCGAACAGGAGACGAUUGGGUGGCUAGGCAUUUGCAUAUUCUUUGCCCCCAUUGCAUGCACCAUCGUUGUGAACACAUUCUUCUAUGUGACCACCAGGAAGCUGAUCAACAGACGCACCGUCUACGGACGCAUUGCCCACAAACUGAAGGCCAACUUCAUAAUGUUUUCGCUGAUGCUCUUGGUCAUGUCCGUGGCCUGGCUGUUCCUCAUUAUGUCCUGGCUGCAGCUAGAUGGUCUGCUCUAUGCCCACAUUGUGGUCAAUGCCCUGCAAUGUCCGCUGCUGCUCUACAUAUGUGUGCUGCGGCAGCGCCAUGUGACGUUUCUGCUGAAGAAAUCCUGCUGCUACAAUGAGCCACCCUCCACAAACGACUGGGGCGACGAGCUGCACUACAUGAACGGCAACGACUACUGAGAAUAUUUAGCCACCGACUCGGGUUACGUCUAGGAUAUAAGCUCUAGCGUCGCUAAGUGUUGUCUCGUAGAUUAGCAAUGUAAAACAUUGAGAUUUUUGUACUUAAACUUAACUAAUUUAUGAUUAAAACCAAGAAAAGUCUGA